GGAGGAGGAGAGGCCACUCCGAGAUUACCCACAAUCCUUUGAGAAAGGAGUGCCUUACCUGGAGUUUCGCUACAAAACCCGAGUGUAUAAACAAACCAACCUCGAUGAGAAACAACUCGCCAAGCUGCACACCAAGGCCAGUCUGAAAAAGUUCAUGGAGUACAUCCAUUCUGGCAGCGUGGACAAAGUGGCUAAGCUCCUGGACAAGGGGGUUGACCCCAACUACCAUGACCCCGAAACAGGAGAAACGCCCCUGACGUUGGCUGUACAGUGUGAGCCAGGAGCCGGUGAGGUCAUUAGGGUUCUGGUGAUGGGCGGAGCUCACAUCGACUUCAGGGCCAAAGAUGGACUCACACCUCUGCACAAAGCCGUCCGAGCUCACACACACACUGCCCUGCUGACUCUGCUGUCUUUGGGAUCGUCUCUGGACUAUAAAGACCGCAGAGGUCUGACGCCGCUGUACCACACUGCACUGAUAGGAGGCGACACGUCCUGCUGCGAGACGCUGCUUUAUCACAGAGCCAAGAUCGGAGUGAGAGACGAGAACGGCUGGGACGAGACGCACCAGGCUUGUCAGAAUGGAAACUCUCAACAUCUGGAGCAUCUGCUGUUUUACGGCGCUGACUCUUCUUCCCAGAACGCCUCAGGAAACACCGCCUUACACAUCUGUGCUCUGUACAACAAGGAAAGCUGCGCACGGAUCCUGCUGUACCGCGGCGCAAACAAGGACAUAAAGAACCACAGCGGACAGACGCCAUUUCAGGUGGCUGUGAUGUCAGGACAUUUUGAGUUGGGAGAGAUCAUUAAAAAUCAUCGGGAUUUAGACGUCGUGCCAUUUUUGGAAUCACCGAAGUUCGCACCCCAGAGGCGGGAGAGUGGUCGAACUCUGGCUCCGCCCCAUCCACACCCGUUCCUUCGCGCUAACAGUGACAACAGCAUGAACAUUCCUGAAUGGCUGGCUUUUCCCAAUGCAGCUACGUCCAACAUUGUCUCUGUACAGGGUCUGAAACAUGGUGGUACACUGCGUAGCUCCAGCAGUCCCCGGGGAGCCCGGACACGUUCUCCAUCCCGAGGCCGAGCAGGAGACAGAGACGACCGCAGCAGACAGAGCCGGAGACAGGGGCCGGGCUCCAUCAGUUCACAGGGUGCAGCUCCAGCUCAGCGAAGGCGUCUGUACAGUGCCGUGCCAGGGAGAGUGUUUGUGGCUACGCGCUCACACACAGCACAGGGCGAGCGCGAGAUCAGCCUCAACAAGGGAGACAAAGUCAAAGUACUGAGUGUUGGAGAGGGUGGAUAUUGGGAAGGGACAGUGAGAGGACGGACCGGGUGGUUCCCCUCGGACUGUGUGGAGGAGGUGGCAGCUCGCAACAUGGAGCACCGCUCAGACAGCCGUAGUGAGAAGACCAAGAGACUUUUCCGUCAUUAUACUGUGGGAUCGUACGACAGCUUUGACGCACCCAGUGACUACAUAAUAAAGGAGAAAACAGUGCUCCUGCAGAAAAAAGACAGCGAGGGUUUUGGCUUUGUGCUGAGAGGGGCCAAGGCACAGACACCCAUUGAAGAGUUUACACCCACACCAGCCUUUCCAGCACUGCAGUACCUUGAGUCUGUCGACGAGGGAGGCGUGGCCUGGAGGGCUGGUCUACGGAUGGGUGACUUCCUGAUCGAGGUAAACGGUCAGAAUGUGGUGAAAGUUGGCCACAGGCAAGUGGUCAACAUGAUCAGACAAGGCGGAAACAGCCUGAUGGUCAAGGUGGUGAUGGUGACUCGCAAUCCUGACAUGGAGGAAGGCUCCAGGAAAAAAAUCCCACAGCAGAGUAAAAGGCUGAGCACUCCAGCCAUCGCACUGCGCUCCAAGUCCAUGACCUCAGAGCUGGAAGAGAUGGUUGAUAGAGCUUCAGCCCCAUGGAAAAAAAAAACAGAGUUUGAAUCUUCACAAGCUACAGAGAAAAAAAGGACCGUCUAUCAGAUGGCUUUGAACAAGCUGGACGAGAUUUUAGCUGCAGCGCAGCAGACCAUCAGCACCAACGAGACCCCAGUGCCAAGGGGUCAAGCAUUGAAGAGGGAAAGGGGACGCGGCUUCUACAACGAGUCAAAUUUCGAUCAAUCUGGGACGGGAAUAAUGCCAGGGACCAGCUACGACCGUGGCCCGUUUGUGUCCAGCCACGCCCAGCAGCACGGUAUGCUGCGACAGAAGUCCAUCGGGGUUCCUGAGGAGGAGAAGCAGUUCCUUCAUCCUCCAGCCAUGAAGUUUGCACGAAGCCUUUCAGUCCCCGGCCCUGAUGAUAUUCCUCCUCCACCAACCACAGCUCCCCCUGAUCCCCCUUUCUCCUCUGCACCUCCUAUGGGCUGGAGAGGCAAGACUUCCCAACAGCCUUCAGUGUCUGUUUCACAGUCUACCUCCACCUCCACCCACUAUCAGCUUUAUUCCCAGCCAUCUCACUACACGCAUGGACCAAGAGACAGGUCCCCUGGACCACCCACAAGCUCUGCAGUUUCUGACCAUGCAACGUCUUAUUCCCAUGCCCAAGUUCACCCCUCUGUCACCAGUAGGACUGCUUCCCGGAAGGUUGUGGGCUACACCGGAGAUUCCACAGGAGCUGGGGGAGCAUCAGGGGCAAGAUCAGCUGGUUUGAGGAGAGGCUACAGCAACGCAGUUCCCCCCACUAGUGUGGCCACAGUGAUCCCUCAGCAACAACAAACUGUUCAGAGCCAGCAGACAAGAGCGGAGCGUACAACACCAGGGACAGCAGCUGCAGGCGGAAUCCAGAAAGUGGGUGUAAGAAGAGGCAAGGGGCCUCUUGUAAAGCAGUCAAAGGUAGAAGACCUACGUUCUGUUCAGGGCACGCUAGGAAGUAAAGAUUCUGUGGAAAAGAGCUCCAUUCCUAUCCCAACUAUCAUUGUCAAAGCUCCCUCCACUAGCAGCAGUGGACGCAGCAGCCAAGGAAGCAGUGUUGAGGCUGAUGUGCCCCUUCCAGGAGAAAGUGACAGUUCUAAAGCCCCACCUAUUGCACCCCCACCUGCCCCCACCAUGCCCCCACCUGAUCCACCAUCAGUCCCUCCACCACCACCACCUUCACUGCCACCACUCAGACCUCAGGAGAAUCUGGACUUCACUAGCCAGUUUGGUGCUGCCAUUGUGGGAGCAGCCCGCAGGGAUCGUGAGCGCUUUCAUGAAGCUAGACGGAAGAGUGCCUCCUUUUUUCUCUCUGCUGAGGAAGAACUUGCAGGAAGUACUGUGGUAGCAGGAAUAGGAAGGAAUCAGGCCUCCCAGCAGCAGCUGCAGCAGCAACUGAGCUCCCAACCUACACCUCGCCUGAGACCCUCCAAAUCUAUUGAUGAGGGCAUGUUCUCAGGUGACACAUUCAUUCAGCAUGCGCGCAGCAUGCCACCUGCCUUUGGUUUACCAGAAUAUUCCACAUCUGCACCUUUGGGAGACUAUCAGCCUAAGUCUGUACCUGCUGAUUUCUACCUGGGAGCCAGUCGUCAACAGCCACAACAGCCACAGCCUACCACCACCUUUAUCCACCCACUGACAGGGAAAGUUCUAGACCCAUCCUCUCCACUGGGCCUGGCUCUAGCUGCACGGGAGCGUGCUUUAAAGGAUGAUGGACGGAUGCGCAGGGAAAGGGCUAGUGAACACCAUUUCACCCGCCAACACUCAACUGUGGGAUCUUUUCCUUCAUCUGCUGCACCACCAUCAUCAGUGCUCUCUCACUCAGCCACUUCCUCUUCCCCCAUGAUAUCUUCUGUUGCUCAGUCCAUUGGCUCUUCCUCAUACCUUGUCACAUCCUCUUCACUGGCUGCCACCACCACCUCCACUCGCCCUCCUUCACCCAGGAUCCUUAGAGGAGGGGGGGGAGGUUGGACAGAGGAGACUGGGGAACGUGCUGAGAGAGAGGCUGCAGGAGCUGCACCUACCAGGGAAGGGCUGAGGGUUCGUUUCUCUGAGGACAAAACAGUUCACACACAUCACUACCAGUCUCAGCACUACCAACCCACACAGAAGGAACGAGAGAGAGAGCGGCAGAGGGAACGUUCCCGGGAACGAGAGAGGGAGAGGGAGAGAGAGAUGGAAAGAGCUCAGAGCCAGCAACAGCCAUCCACACAGCUGACUACUCAGCAACAUCGGAGACCAUCCUUCCUGAGAAUGGAGAGUGAAGCAGGAACAUACAUGCUCUCACUCACACCUCCAUCUCCUCCAUCUACUGCCAUGACAACAAGCACACCAACAGGACCAGGGACUGGGGGAGAGGGAGCCAGUGGCAUGGCACUGAUGGUCCUCCCUCCUCCAGCUCCUUCAGUGGAUGUAGAUGAUGAAUUUGUGUUUGCUGAACCUUUGCCACCUCCACUAGAAUUCGCUAACAGCUUUGAUCGUGGAAUAAGUUAUUCUGCCAUAAUUAGUAACAACCUUGCAGCAACUCGGCAGCAACAACACCAUCCAGCACCUCCACCUCCACCGCCACCUCCACCUCCUCCAAAAGAUGCCUUUAUGACUGGCUUCCCUGCUCACACACCCCUGCCCUCUCCACAGGCUGGGGACUCCACCACCUCUAGUCUUACCUCCUAUGACAGUGAAGUUGCAAAUUUGACCCAGUCUGCACCUUCUCCCUCUUCAGCUUCUCCAAACCCUCCCCCACCUCCAUCACCAUCCACCCUACAACCUUCUGGACCCCCUCCACCUCCCUCUGUGUCACCACCUCCUCCUCCCUCUUCCUACCACAGACCUUAUAGCUUGUCUCAAGCCCACCACCUCUAUAACAGCACUCCUGCAACCAGACGUGCCACUUCUCCCACACCACCACUUAUUACAAUCCCAGCCCCCCCUGCCUAUGGGGGACCUCUUGCUGCUUCUUCUACUCCUGCUACAUCUGCCGCAUUGAGAGGGACUUCCAACCUCUCCAUGACCUCACCCUGUGCAACAGCAACCACUACCAUUACAAGUGCUGUUGCUGCUAGCACUGUGCCUGCUGUUAGCCUGCACACCCAGCGCAUGGCAACUGUUUCCACAGUGGCUACAGGGAGUGGGAGUAGGCGGCCCAGUGCUGAGCACCACCCACCACCCACCUCAGCCAUGGCCAAGAGUGGGGAGUCCCAGGAGACUGUAGUGGACUCUGGUAUUGAGGAGUUAGACAGCCGUAGCAGCAGUGACCACCAUCUGGACAGUAUCCUGGCACUUAGCAGUGGGGGAGUCAGAGAAAGGAUGGAGAGAGCAGCGGACAGUGACAGGACAAGCGGAGCAGAUUUCCUAGAGUCCUACAUGAGCUAUCUGGAUGGACAGACUUUUGAAAUGCACAACACUAAAGCAGCAAGCACUGCUUCUACGUACCCUAAAACGCAACGUUAUAGAGAGGGCAGCCGUGCAUCAGAGCUCAGGCGGCAGACCAGCACAGCUCCGCCAGCCUAUCACAGGCGCCGUGGGGAGGAGCAGCCUGAGGAGGAGGAAGAGCCAGAGAAUGGAGAAGAAGAGGACAUGGCCACUCGGGAUGGUUACAGCAUUAGGGAAGGACAAGGAUUGUCUCGCUCUGCUGUCAUGUACUUUGAUCGACCCCGAACGCCUGAGAUGAAGCCCCUUUGGGGUGAUGGGUCUUCUAGCGUUACACAGAUAGUGACUGAAAGUGGAAUUCAGUCUGAUGCAUCUUAUCUGGAAGGCCGUAAACUGCACCCACCCAUGUCUGGCAUGAAAGCCAGCAUCAUCAGUGAACUGAACACCAAAUUGCAACAAAGGAACAAGGGAAUAGAGAACUGGGGAGCACAGCGAUCACUCAGCAGGCACAGAUACAGGUUCUCUGAGGACUCAACAGGUGCACUGAGUCCUCCAUCAGUACGUUCUCCUUCUCCAUCUCCUCUGGCUCAGCCUGCACUAUCUCCAUCUCCUACAGCUUCCCCCCAUCCUCCUCUAUACCCAAACUGGGCUCGCUCACCUUCCCCGCAGCCCCCCAGUGCCCCUUCUCAAACCCCCUCCACUGCCCCUGGCACCACUGCCCGCUCCCAUUCACCUGUUUCGCCUUCAGGCUAUGCACCUUAUCCCACCUCCCCUAAGCACCGCCCCGUUUACCGCUCCAAAGCCCUUGAGUUCCAGUUCAUCCCAAGCAGGGAGACACGUAAGGCAGAGUCUCAGCGCCGACGAGCACCCAGUCCCCUCAUCUCACCCUCAGAGCGUCCCAAACUGGGUCCCCCACGCCCCUCUUCUCUCCCUAUCCUUCCCACUACACCUCUCUACAGCAGCUUAUAUGACUUACGUGGUUCUAUCACCCCUCCAUCCCCUGCUAAUCCCCUAGGUGAUGCUUACUUCUCUCCAUCCCCUCCUUUGUUUGCUCCUUCUGGAGCACCGCCACCACCCAAUUCAUCCCUGGUGGUCUCUCGCUCCCUUUCACCCACCCAUUUCCUGUCUGGUUCAUCUUCCCCACCACUCCACUCUAUAGCUCCACCCACUUGUCUGAGUUAUCCUCACUUGCCUCCUCCAUCCCCGUCCAAGCCCUUUGCUGCCAAGCCAUUGCCCUACUGGACCAAGUAUGACGUAGCUGAUUGGCUGGCCUACCUGAACCUGGCUGAGCACAGGGAGCGCUUCCUGGACAAUGAGAUUGAUGGCACACACCUGCCUUCUCUCACCAAGGAAGAUUUCCUGGACCUUGGUGUGACUCGUGUGGGCCAUCGCAUGAAUAUAGAGCGAGCUCUCAGGAGGGUGAUGGACAGGUGAGAAGGAAAAAGAAGGGGUAAAGAGAGAGGAGUAUGCAGGGGGUUAGUGCAUGGGCAGUGAUAUCAACUGGAUUUGGCCACUGCAUGAGCUGAAAUAUGGCAUGAUGGAAAGGAACGGGUCAGUGAAAGGGAAAAACAAGGGCAAGACAGACAGAUAUACAGACAGGCUGCUUCUGUAUAAAGGCUUUCCACUUUCCCUCAGGUUGUCCUCUAGCCCUUUUCCAGUUUCUGCCCUCUCCCCGCGAGAUGGAAGAGCCAGAGACGAAGGUGCCCGGAGCUGAGAGGACAGACCGAAGGCUAGAAAGACACUAAGUACAAAGUGACAAAACUCUGAGCAACUGUGGCUAUCUGAGGCUGACAAACCUCUUCACAAACAGAAGCAACCAGGGCAUCACCAUUACCAGGGAAAGUUGAGCGAAAAGAAGAGUAAGAGAUGCAGGGAUGGAAGACGGGAAUUACCGAGCUUAUCAGGCAACAACCCACCCAAACACUCCUCACAGGUCGCUCACAAAUGAAGGUGCAUUCUCACACGCUCACUUUCACUGAUCAGACAAGGGCCUGAAAUGUAAAUCAGUUACAAGAAACCCUAAAAAUAUCAACAAGACCAUUAUCUGAGCCAAAUACUUUAAGAGAAACUUUGAUCAUAUUUAUUGCAUUUCUUGGUUUGUUGAUAUAUUAUUUAUGUUGCAAGUGUGAAACUGAAUCAUCCAUUGCACUCGUUCUAAUUUUUUUGUUAGUGUGGCAUGUGAAUCUAUGCCUUAAACUCCCUUUUCUGGUUCUUGGUUGGUCUUCAUUAACCAAAAAACAAAACAGUGGUACAGUCAAUGAGAGGAAAGAAUUUGAUUGGGUAAAACCUAUGUGCUCAGAGCAGUGGCCAGUUUACUGCCUAAUACCUAACUCGAGAGAAUGUGUGUGUGUGUGUGUGUGUGUGUGUGUGUGUGUUUGUGUGUGUGAGAGAGAGAGUUAUCAACUAAUGUUGGGAGGUUGUUUUUAGUUUUUACCUUUGGAAUCAUUCGCCGAAGCUUGCUAAUGUAUUGUGCUAGAACCUUCUCAUGGCAUAUAUAUAAAUAUAUAUAAACAGACUGGUCACUGUAUUACAAACCCGUAGCAAAAAACAAACACAAGAAAAACUACAAACAAGUGCCCAGACCAACAUGAUACACAUAAACACUUACCUUUUGUUACAUCAGGCUCACCUCCAUAAAUAUAAACCCAUCAUUUAAUCAAAAUACAAAAAUGGGACAUAAUCUAAAGUUGGACCAUAGGUGAAUUACAUGAACAAAAAAGAAAACCUUCAGCAUUUUUAUGAGACUCUGGACCAGUUCAAGUGACUGCUACUCGACUGAACAGCGAUCCGGAGGUUCACUGUCCAUAAGGGAGGCGGAAGAGGCCAGAACCUCUUUCCUAAUCGCACCUCCUUUCACAGUACUCACUCUCUUUAAUAGGAGGCAAAGUGGGAUGUGCAACCAGAUGCCCUAAAUUUGUGGCAUUCAUGCUUAUACCUGUUUUAAUAUGAUGAUUGUUCUUAUAACAAAGACAUUUUUAAACUUUAAAUGGGUCUGGAAUACUAAUGUUGUUAUAUAAAAGAAGAGAGAUUUAUUGUUAUUUACCGCACUUCAUUGCUCUCAUUCUCCUUGCUGUUAUCAGAUAAAGCUAUGCUAUUUUGUUCCCCUUGACUUGAGGUGUCUCUGUGAGGGCAGAGCUUCAGUUAACUCAUUAACCCAAAUCGUGGAACUUGGAUCAUGUGGUAUCACCGCUAGGUUUUCUUUCACUCCCCUCAAUCACCCUAUUGGUUAGUAAUGACACUGAUUUGGCUCAAGUUAGCUACAGUAACUGGCAUCGAACUACUAAUUUAUUUACACACAAUAGUUUUCCUGGUAUAUCUAAAUUAGAUGCCCCACCCACAUUAUAUUUUUUAGACACUUCUUUCAGGAUCUGGUUGGUUCUUCAGACUUCUGUGUGAAAAGUUUGAACAUCACAAUGGCAUUUUGUAGCAAGAUAUAAUCACGGGUUUAUUUGGUAGAACUGUUGCUUGUUACAGAAAAUGUUUAGCUUUGUUUGUUUUUAUAAAGUCAGCCUCGGGAGGCACGGUGGUUUAGUGGUUAACACGUUUGCUUCACACCUCCACAGUUUGGGGUUCGAAUCCCGCCUCCGCCUUGUGUGGGUG